AUGGACGCCCAGACAGAGAAGAUCUCGCAGGAGAUCCAGGCGCUGGAACGGAUGUUGGGUUUGGACGAGGAGGCCUCCGAGUCCAGCCUCGGGUCCGACCCGGACUCCGACACAGGUUCGCUGACCCACGAGGACUCUGCCUCCGCCGGUCCCCCGAGCUCGGAAGAAGAGAGGUGGGAUGGAGCCAGCAACGACGAGGAAGACCCGGAGACCUGCUUGCAGCUGAACAUGGUCUACCAGCUGGUGCUCCAGGAGAAGCUGUCGGAGGUCCGCAAGCUGCUGGCCCAGAACCGGGAGCAGCAGGAGGAAGUCAUGUGGGACCUGGCAGGGUCCAAAGGGCCCAGGGUGAAGGACGGCAAGAGCCUGCCCAUGAACCUGUACAUCGGGCACUUCCUGAAGCCCUACUUCAAGGACAAGGUCACUGGAGUGGGGCCCCCGGCCAACGAGGACACGCGGGAGAAGGCCGGCCAGGGCAUCAAGACCUUCGAGGAGCUGCUGGUGGCUAAGUGGAAGAGCUGGGAGAAGGCCCUGCUCAGGAAGGCGGUGGUGAGCGACCGCCUGCAGCGCCUGCUCCAGCCCAAGUCACUGAAGCUCGAGUACCUGCAGCAGAAGCUGAGCAAGGCCACGAGCGAGGAGGAGCGGCAGGCCCUGGAGAAGCAGAGCAGCAAGGCGGAGAGGGAGAUCCAGGACAUCCAACAGCUCCCGGAGGAGGCCCUGCUGGGCAGCAGGCUGGACAGCCACGACUGGGAGAAGAUCUCCAACAUCAAUUUCGAAGGCAGCCGCAGCGCGGAGGAGAUACGGAAGUUCUGGCAGAACUGGGAGCACCCGAGCAUCAACAAGCAGGAGUGGACCCGGCCGGAGCUGGACCAGCUGAAGGCCGUCGCAGCCAAGCACGGCCACCUGCAUUGGCAGAAGAUCGCCGAGGAGCUGGGGACCCGGCGCAGCGCCUUCCAGUGCCUGCAGCAGUUCCAGCAGCACAACAAGGACCUGAAGCGCAGGGCCUGGACGGCGGCGGAGGACCACAUGCUCACCCAGCUGGUGCAGGAGAUGCGCGUGGGCAACCACAUCCCCUACCGUCGCAUUGUCUACUACAUGGAGGGGAGGGACUCGGUGCAGCUCAUCUAUCGGUGGACCAAGAACCUGGACCCCCGCCUCAGGAAGGGCCUCUGGACCCCCGAGGAAGACACGAAGCUGCUUCAAGCCGUGGCCAAAUACGGGGAGCACGACUGGUGUAAAGUCCGGGAGGAGGUGCCCGGGAGGAGCGACACCCAGUGCCGAGAAAGGUACAUCCGGAGGCUGCACUUCAGUGUCAAAAAGGGGCGCUGGAGCCCCAAGGAGGAGGAGAAGCUGCUGCAGCUGAUAGAGAAGCACGGCGCGGGUCGCUGGGAGAAAAUUGCCUCGGAGCUGCCCCACCGGACAGGCCCCCAGUGCCUGAGCAAGUGGAAGAUCAUCGUCCGGAGGAGGAGCCGGGGCAGGCGGCGGCGGCGGCGGCGGCGGCACCUUCCCAGCGUGCGGUGGAGCUCCAGCAGCGAGGCCAGCGGCAGCGGGGACAGCGGCAGCGGGGACAGCAGAGACUCCGAGUCGGAGCCGGAGUCGGAGCCGGAGCCAGCCCGGGGCCUCCAGGAAGGUGGCCAGUCUCGGCCGCCAGCACAGCACACCGUGCCGGACGUGGACCUGUGGGUUCCCGCCAGGCAGAGCGCCCACACACUGGGGCCGGGGGGCUGCCCAGGAGGCUCAGCCGCCGCCCCCAGCCGGCCCCAGGCCUCCGGUGCCACUCCUGGAGGCAGCAGGGACGCGGAGGAGGCGGGCGGACGGGCCCCCUCCGGGACACACAGCGCCAGCCGGGGAAGCAUCAGGUCCCCGCCCUGCGCCGACACUCAUCCCAGGAGCUCCGAGGGGCCGGCCGACAAGGGCGCGAGACAGCCGCUGAAGGUGUCUCUGGAGACCCUGAGGUGCAUCCUCAAGACCAACAUGGCCAACCGGGGUCGGGCUCGGGGGCCAUGCCUGUUCCGCUCAGCCCAGGGGACCACGCCGGGCGGCAGCGUGGUGGCCAGGCCCCACGUGGGGCAGCUGUGGCGGCAGCACCGGAGGCACGCCCUGCAGCAGAAGCGCCUCGGGCGCCAGCUGCUGAUGGCCAUGAGCCCGUGGGUGGGCGACAUCACCGUGCCCUGUGCUCCCAGGAGGCGCACUGCGGCACCCACACGAGCCGACAGCAUCGGGGCGCAGCUGCAGGACGCCCGCCUGGCCAGCACCCCGGUGUUCACCCUCUUCAUGCAGCUGUUCCACAUCGACACUGCCGGCUGCAUGGAGGUCAUUCGAGAGAGGAAGACCCGGCCGCCCACCCUGCCCCAGGCUGAGGCUCAGGCGCCGAGUGCCCAGAGCACCCCAGGCCACCUCCUGGACCAGGUGCCAGCCCGAGGCGCUGCGGUGAGGAGGCUCAGGGGCGCCGGGCGCAGGGGGCUGCAGGCCGGCCCUCCCCAGGCCGCCUCCCCGGCGCCCCCGCCGGCGCCCGGCCGCCCACCGCACAAACUGAAGACGGUAUUCCAGCUGCUGCGAGAGAAGAGGCUGCGGGAGGCCCAGGCCCGCAAGGCCGCCCCGGGCCCCGUGGUCCUCCCGCCCCAGCUGCUGGUGCCCUCGCCCCUGAUCCUCCAGCCCUCGCUGGCGCUGGCCUCCCACGGCCCCCCAGCCACCGGGCCCGGCGUCUCCGAGUCCGCACCGGCUGGGCCGGGGGCCCCCGCAGCGGCCGGUCCGAGCACUCCAGGCUCCGGGGCCUUGACCACGAACACGAGGCCUCUAGCCCUGCAGGCCUUGGCCUUGGCUCCCGUCUCCACGGUGGCCUUGCAGGUCCCUGUGAGCCGCCAGCUGGACAGUCUCGGACAGUCCCAGGCCCCAGCCUUUCUUCCUGCCGCCCCCAGCCCUGCUCAGCCGCUCGUCCAGCCCCUCGGGCUGAUGCCAGCUCCGGGCACCCCUGCGGGUGGGCCCCACGUGGUGGCCAGCACCCCUCUGCCGGCCAGCAGCGUGCUCACAGCCCCGGGGCUGCUCCCCGUGCCGUUGCCGGCCGUGGUGGGCCUCCCCAGGCCAGCUGCGGCCCCUGACCCCCAAGUGCUGGCAGUGACUCUGUUGCCCUCAUUGACGGAGACUCCAGGGGGCCAGGGCCCGGCCAAUGGGGACGGAGAGCCAGGCCCUGCCUCCAGGGCAGACCUCGAGUCCCUCCGGCCAGCUCCGCCCCCCCAGAUCCCUGCCGAAGUGCUGCCUCUGACCGCUGGCCCGGGGAGGACACUGCUGUCCCCGGCAGAGCCCGGGGGGCCGCCCCCGCCCCUGCGCGGGCCUGAGAAGGAUGCCCUGGACCUCAGCCUGCUCUCCCAGGAGAGCGAGCCGGCCGUGCAGGAGUGGCUCCGGGGGCCGCGGGGGGUGUGUGUGCCCCCGCUGGGGAGCAGGCUGCCCUACCAGCCCCCCGCCCUGGGCGGCCUGCGGGCGCUGGCGGGUCUCCUCCUGCACAAGGCGACCUUGGAGCACCGGGCCGCAGCCCUGGCGCCUGGCCGGACCGCGGACGCCCUGCAGGCCGCCCGGCGGCGGGUGCGGGAGCAGCUGCGGGACAGCCCGGCCUACCUGCUGCUGAAGGCCCGCUUCCUGGCCGCCUUCACCCUGCCCGCUCUGCUGGCCACCCUGCCCCCUCCCGGCGUCCGCACCACCCUGUCUGCUGCAAGGCCCGCCUCCGGGAGCGAGGACGAGGACCUGGAGGAGCUGGCGCACUCCGAGGGCGGUGGGCAGCCGGGCCAGGCGAGCGGCAGUGCCCAGGCAGGGCCCGCAGCCACGGCCCCGGCACAGGGAGCCCCAGAGCCUGGCCAGGGCGCUGCCCCCUCCGGCCCAGACGACCUCGAUGACCUGGAUGUGCUCCGGACCCGGCGCGGCCGGCACGCCCGGAAGAGGAAGCGGCUGCUGUGA